GCUCCGAAAGCGGCAUAUCGCUGUGAGGAGCUUGCCAGAACCCGGAAGCAGCAAAUCGAAAUCAAAAGUACGACAUAUUUGGAAUAUACUGAUUGUCAGAGAUUAAUGUGACGUGAUGGAGAUGUCGUCACAGAGACAAGUUACAUUCUUUCUGCUGGUCUGCUUCAGCGCCAUCUUAGUCAAUGAUGCGGCCGAUACAAGUACGUCCUGCCCUGAAGUAGCAUGUCUUGGCCAGCCGGUCAACAUCACCUGUGACAUCACAGGGGUGUACGAUACAAUUGGGUUUUCACGGCCAGGGGGUCUUGAAGUAAUGACGUGCCUGGCCAAGGAGGAAAAAUGCUAUGUUAAUGUUGAUAAUUAUGAGAUUGUGUUUCGCUCUCCUGAAAAGCAUAUUCUUCGUAUCAAGAAAUUUGCAAAGAAGGAUAUUGGAACGUGGAAUUGUCGAGAUGGAACCGACCCUCUCUUGAAGACUUGUCAUGUGGAUGGAUAUGAUGUAAAACAGUCCCCAACACCCCCUACUCCAGGUUGCGUUAGAGUCGACAAAAGUACAUUUGGUCCGAGUACAUUGUGUAAAGGUUUUGAAGAGGAUCCAAAUGUCAACAUUACAAUAACAGUGGCCAACCUGCCCUACACCUUCACCUAUGACCAGUACAAACAGAAUGAUAAUGUGUCUCUCCCCUACAUCCCGAAAGGUGGGGAUGUAGAAUGCAGAGUCACUGGGCCAGCCUCUCAGUGCUACACUGUCUCCAAGCCAUACAAGAACGAAAUCUGUGCUCCUGGAUUUCCUAUAUGGGCUUACAUUGUCAUUGGCAUUGUAGUUGUACUGGGCCUUGUCGGCCUAGCGGUUGAUUGCUUUUACUGCAAGCCAAAGGAUAAGGGCCUCACUCACUUCGUGAUGGCCAAACUGAAUUCCAGGAAUGCUGAUGUAACAACUGAAGUCACCAGCAUGAAUAAGAAGAAAGAGGAGAUAAAGGAAGAGACAACAGAACGAACAGAUAGUCCUGAGAAGAAGCCCUUGCUUGAUGAGAUGACAACUAAUGCCAAUUCCCAUGUGACUGUUGAGAAUGAAACAGACAUGAAAAAGGAGCUGGAACCUGAAGACAAAGAAGGCGCCAUCAAACCCCAAGUCAAAGGGCCUGCCACCACUGGGGUCAAACCCCAAGACAAAGGGCCUGCCAUUCUUGAGGUCAAACCUCAAGAUGAAGGUGCUGCCAGUACUGGGGUCAAACCUCAAGAUGAAGGUGCUGCCAUUACUGGAGUCAAACCUCAAGACGAAGGUGCUGCCAUCCUUGAUGUCAAGUCCGAAAACAAAGAGGCUCCGUAGUUACUAGGACAAGAUAAAUAAUCUUGCUGGCAGGAGGCUGACGUGUGGUAAGAAGAUAAACGCCACCAUCUGGGAGGUCUCUUUCACAUCCGGGGGAGGGGUCAGCCUCUUGUGGACUGGUUCCAACUGUCUGUUGCAUGUAGACAGUUGCCCAGUUUUCUAACAGACACAAGCAGUCAGCUAUUACUGUUUAAGUGGAAUCAUUUUGAUACUUUUAGCCUCUAUUUUGGUUUUAGUUGACAUUGUUUUUACAAAUGAGGUUCUGUGCCAUACAGAGUUAUAUAGACAGAAGAUAUUCAUCCUCCUGAGGCAAGGGAGAUAACUGACUUUAAAAGCCUAGUUUCCACCCCUUCCCGAACUAGGCUGGAAUUAUGGAGUUAUAUUUCGACUGGACUAAUGAGUCUAUGCAUUGGCCAAUCAAAAUCCUGUCACAAAAUUGACAUCAAACAACAUGGCAACAGCCCUGCCGAAAGCAUUCAAUUGCAGGAUUGGCGGAGAGUGUGUACAGUCAACUCGGUGUCGACAGAUAUUUUCAAAAUUGUUUCAUUUUUUUAAUUAAGGUGCUCAUGUGAUUUGAGACCCUUAGCAAGUUAAAACCUGUUUUAUUGCAAUAAAGAUCUUUGUUAUCGAUGGUAUUGUCUUGACUGGGCGCCGCGAUUUUGCUCGGCAAAUGCAAGUGAUAUGAGAAGUGAAAUCUGAUUGGUCAGUAGGGAAGAGAUAGACGGGACAUAACUCAUAAUAGCCUUUAGUGGCGCUACGAUCGAGCCCAGAAAUGUCGGCCUAGUUCAGAAAGGAGGGAAACUGGACUUUUGAAGUCAGUUAUCUCCCUUGCCUCGGGAAACUUUGAGAUAUAAUACACUGGAGAGCAUAGGAUGCAGUUUCAAGACUUACUGCCUUUUUUGUGAUAAACAGUUUCACCUGUUAUCCCAGAUAUUCGUAUAGCAAGGUCAAUGAAAGCCCUUCCUCGUUGUUUAGGAAUAUUUGUUGACAUAUCUCAACCCCAUGUAGCAAACACUUUCAAGUUCCUCACUGCCUUAAAAUUAUUGUCCUUUUUCUUUUCAAAAUAAUUUUUCAGUUGAUAUGAUUACAUAUUUUGUAUUUUUCACCAAGCUACAGCCAAAAUACAUUUCAUUGACCUUGAGGUUUCAGACUGAAGUGUUUCCCACCAUUGUUAUUUUGAUUUUGAAUGAUUCAUCUGCCUAUGUGCUGUCUUGUGUCAAUGGAGGGACUUGUAAUUAGUCAUGUUCUGGACAUUGUCAAUAACCAUGUCCUUACAAAGAUGGCUGCCUUACUAGAAUAGUGUAUCUCAGUAUGAAGACAGCUUCAAUUAGGGGAUAAACAUACGGUGUUUUCACUGUAGAGCUAGGUUACCUGUAGAUUUAGCCACACUGAAUUGGAUUUGGAACGGAAUGCGCCGUCCAGUCAACUGUUUCAAUCAAAGGGGGUUUAUUGUUAUUUGAUACCCCUGUUUGACUAUUGAGUAUUUUUCAUAUUAAAGGUAGAAUAUAUGUUCACAGCUCUUUUUAUUUAGCAGCUCUGUGAAAACAGAUUGAUGCUCAUCAUGCUCAUGAUGUUAAUCACUGGAUUGUCUGGUCCAGAUUCGAUUAUUUACAGACCACCGUCACAUAGCUGGAAUAUUGCUGAGUGUGGCGUUAAACAACAAACAAACAAACAAACCAUAAAGUAGAUAUAAUGGAAGUCAGGAUUCAGCUAACAGUGGUGUUCAGUUGGAUUAAAGGGCGGUGGGGUACCUAGUGGUUUAAGUGUUCACACGUUACGUCGAAGGCCUGGGUUUGAUUCCCCACAUGGGUAGAAUGUGUGAAGCCUAUUUCUUGUGUCCCCUGCCAUAAUUGUUGAAAUACUGCUACAGUGGCAUAAAAUCAUACUCACUCACUCAGCUGGAAUAUUUGAUAAAAGGAAGUCUUCGGGACAGCUCCUGAAUAUAACAUGCCUCACGGAGACGUGUUGAGGCUCUCCAUAAUAUUAUUUAAUGUUAGGAAUAAUGGUUUGUAUGAGGUUAAGGAAAGAUGUUUGUGAUACAUUGGUGCUUUCUGAGUGCACAUUAUUAUGUCAAAGUUCUUUCUUUAUGAUGAAUCCUUAAAUUUGAGUGAUAUAGUUCCUUAAAUUAAAGAACCAGUUUCCUGCUGUGUCAUGGACUGACCAUUAUAUAUUGGAGGGAGACGAUGUUCAACCUGUUCAAUAAAAGUAUUAUUUUGUAAAUGUUAUGACAGUUACAUUUUUAGAAUGAGACACUGUGACAAAAUAUUUGGUACAUUAGCCAUUCCUCUCAUCUGGCUAUGUUUUAGUGAUCACAGAAUUGUGGUUAAAUGAAUUUGGGAAUUGCUGUUUCAAUGUCCUCCGCCCGAAAAGAUACAGUGGUCUGCCUCUGAAUAUAAUCUUAUGCAUGUCAGAGAGUCAGUCUUACUGUUUUUAAUCGAUCUGAUGACAGGUCAGUGAGAUAUAUAUGUAUUAUUAUGUGAUCGUUGAAUAUCCACAUGUUGUCAGUUGAUGUCACGUUUGAUGUUGUUGCUAACUAGAAAACAUCUUGUAAGUGGGAUCAUACUUUCAACUUCCUCCAAUACACAUAUUGAGUUAAUUAAUUAAUCAGCGUCAGAUGUGAUUAGUAGGGGUGUGGAAAUAUUAAAAUUCUGAACUUUUUACCAAAAGGAAUUUGGGAAGGUGGAAGUGAUACUAGUUCAAGACCGAUGUUGAAAAAGGUGCUUUUGACAAGAUUGUUUGUGACUUUAGUGUUGAUGAUGAUGAUGAUGAUGAUGAUGAUGAUCCUAUUGAUAGAUUGUUGACAUUGUUUUGCAAUUUCAAACUUGAUGUUUGUAAUUUAUGAUGCAUAAUUAAUAUUUCAUAUCUAGAUGUUUUUUUAUGUCGCUUGCGUAUUUUAAUGACCUCUCCCACGUUUCUGCGGGUUCAUAUGGGAGACUACCAGGCUGACACUGGGUUGAAGGGCACACACUAUUUGUGUGCUGCAUUCAGACUACACAGCAUGUGUAGGCAUUCACUCACACAAAAAGAAUGAUGGCUCUUUCUUUAAGGCACAUAAUCCUUUAAUGACACUUUUUAAAUUGGAUUAAGGCUUGGAGUAAAAGAUUUGAUUAUCUUGAUAUUUGCAUUAAGUUGAGUUUUCUGUUAAAUGUCUGUUGAUGGUUCUUUGAGAUAGAUUCAUUCUAGUCACUGCUUUAAGAUAUACAUUUUUCACCCUGAAAACAAGAGCCAAACAAUUCUUUAUUGACAUUAUUUUACACAAAAUGCAGAAUGCUCAGUGAACAAGUGUUUUGUUGUAAAACAAAGUAUUUUUUCCAGGAUUUUCGGGAGGAGAGUUAAUUUUUCAAAAGAAUCUCAGACAUUUAUGUGAAACAAACUUAAGCUUUUUAUCAUAUCAAAAUUAUUGUAUUUCACGGAAAAAGUGUAUUAUGAUCAUUGUUCCUUUUUUGUGGUGAACAAUGCCUUGUGGUAUGUAUCGGACAAGAGCUUGGUAAUUUCAGCCUUAGUGAUGAAGAUGAAGUGAGCUGUGUGUUAAAAGCUGCAACGUUUUACCAUCAGUAUUGUGUGAGUUCCCAACGGAAUGUUUUCUCAUCAGCAUUUAUUGUACAUGUGCACAUGUUAAGUUUUCAUUCUUUUGUAGUCAAUUUUCAAUUUGUUCAACAAGAUCAUGUCUUCUAUUCCAAGUAGAAAACUGGUGUUUGGUAUCUUGAAUAUUUUAAUUCAAAUCACUGCUUACUGUUGCUCUUUUUCAUUAUUUUGUUAAGUAUUUACAAUUGUCACAUUUAAAUGCAAUGCUCACUUGUAAUUAGCUCCAAGCAUGCAAUGAGAUUGUUUUGCUCAGUGACAAGUCUACAACAAACAGUUCAUAAGAUGUUCAAGGAUGAUGGAUGAAGAAAUGUAUUUAUGAUUCUUCACCUGCUGGAGCCUGCCUCUGAGAGGAGGUUGGUUUGUGUGAUACAGUUGAAUAGUUGUGUUCAUACUUAAAGGAACUGGACUGGGGUGAACUAAAUUAGUUCAUGUGUUAUGGUUCUCUAUGUUUUAUUUCAUAUGUUUCGAGGGCGCCUAUACUGUGUCUCACCUUGGAGGAAAAGUUAGCGAUAUGUGCAAAGUAGAUGUUACUCUGAAAACAUUUAAAAGGAAAACUAGUAUAUUUUGGAUAGACAUCCCUGGAAGCUGGUUGCCCUGUUGUGUCAUCAUACCCAGACCAUAUUGAUUGCAUUGUCACAAUGGCUGGUCCUCGGUUGACAUGCUGUCUCACCAUGGGGGGUGAGGGUCGGAGUAGGUCCCCAGCCAUAUGUUGCCAGGCUUUCUCCAUGGGGGUGAGGGUCGGAGUAGGUCCCCAGCCAUAUGUUGCCAGGCUCUCUCCAUGGGGGUGAGGGUCGGAGUACGUCCCCAGUCACAUGUUGCCGGGCUCUCUCCAUGCUGGUUGAGGGUCGGAGUAGGUCCCCAGCCACAUGUUGCCAGGCUCUCUCCAUGGGGGGUGAGGGUCGGAGUACGUCCCCAGCCAUAUGUUGCCAGGCUCUCUCCAUGCUGGUUGAGGGUCGGAGUAGGUCCCCAGUCACAUGUUGCCGGGCUCUCUCCAUGCUGGUUGAGGGUCGGAGUAGGUCCCCAGCCAUAUGUUGCCGGGCUCUCUCCAUGCUGGUUGAGGGUCGGAGUAGGUCCCCAGCCAUAUGUUGCCAGGCUCUCUCCAUGCUGGUUGAGGGUCGGAGUAGGUCCCCAGCCAUAUGUUGCCAGGCUCUCUCCAUGGGGGGUGAGGGUCGGAGUAGGUCCCCAGCCAUAUGUUGCCAGGCUCUCUCCAUGGGGGUGAGGGUCGGAGUACGUCCCCAGUCACAUGUUGCCGGGCUCUCUCCAUGCUGGUUGAGGGUCGGAGUAGGUCCCCAGCCACAUGUUGCCAGGCUCUCUCCAUGGGGGGUGAGGGUCGGAGUAGGUCCCCAGCCACAUGUUGCCGGGCUCUCUCCAUGUGGGGUGAGGGUCGGAGUAGGUCCCCAGCCACAUGUUGCCAGGCUUAUGCCGUAGUGGGUGACCUCCCUGUUUAUCAUACAGUGCCAAAUGACUUGCAUCCAUGUGUAUUCCAUUCACCCGCCCCCUAUUACCGACCCUACUCGAGUACCUGCUGUAGGCCUUAUGAGAUGGGUACAAAUUGUCUUACCGGUAUUGAGAAUUGUUUGAACCGAGCCCUGGCAAAAGUAUCAUGCACGUAUAAAACGAUCUGGUGACAUAUACACUGAAGUUGACUGAAGCUUUAUCUUUAUUCAAACAAAUAAAAGUCAGAAGAAAUGUGUGCUUUGUCAGAAAGAAAUGUGAACAUUAGUGACUUGUGGUUUAACCAUGGAGUUCUUGAUUAUUUUUGUCAUUGAACAAUAUAUCACAUGACGAUCCACGGGUCCAGGUAGUAAUGCAGGUACCCGGUUCCUACUCAGUAUCCACCCGACCUGAGUACCCAAGUUACCCAUCUCAGCCCUAAUUGUCAUGUGUAGGAGGCACAUUGGGAAACCCCUUCUAAAUUUAUUAGGAAUGUUAGUUUAUAGUUAUUGAGAACAAAGGCAUCAUAUUGAUGUGAGGAGCUUCAAGCAAGUUCAAGCUGGGAUAUCUCAUUUGCAUAUUUACCACCUCAUGGUACCAAGGUUCUGGGAUUGGUUUGCUGUCUCUGGAACACAAGCCUUUAUAUGAUCAACCCAUUUCAGACAAGGCAGAAACAUUUCAGCAAUGCUCAGUGGACAGUACAUGGGCUUGAUUUGCUAAAUAAGAAUGGCCAUAUUCAGUGCUGGCCGUGUUAACAUGCUGUAUUCAGUGCUUUUGUUCAUAUUUUCUCGUGUUUGUAUAUUUGCUUUUUUUAAUGUGUUUUUUACUGCUAUCUCAUGACAACUUUCUUGUAAGGAACAUUGAUUGUGCAUGAAUUUCAUGUCAUGUUCUCCUGAUCAGUAUUAGUUUUGCAUGUGCCAUAGUGAGGUUUUUAUCUACAUUGUUUACGGAAAAUUUCUUUCAAAAUCACAAGUAAACUAAAACAAAAAUGUCUUUUUGGUCACUUAAAAUCUUUAGGUAGGGUGAAUUAAGACAAUUACCCCUAUAAGCUACUUGAGUUUUCCUUGAAUUUUUACUUCAAGAGUUACCUCCCUUCCCAUGAUGCUACUUUAGAUUUCUCAUUGAUAUUUUGUGAACAGAUUCAGAAUAUAAUCAGAUAUUCUAUAUUGUAGAGCGUAGACAAAGUAGUGUUAAAACACUGUCCUAAAUAUUGACCCAAACUACCAACCAAUUGUUUUUUAAUGAUGAAGAAAGGUCUCUUGGUUGAGAAUACCAUCAGCUCUGUAGUGCUAGGAUUGAGAAGGAAACUCCAGAUAUUUAAAUCUGCAGGGGAUGUUCGUACACGAUGCAGUGUUAUGUAAUUGCAAUUUGAUACCUCUGGUUAACCCAACAAUUUUAAUCAUAAUACAAGCUCAUCAUCCAUAGCUGUCUACUCCAAAUGUUGUUAUGAGUGAGAUCUAUAUUAGCCAGGGUCCAGGGCCAAGCCUUGGUGGGGGGGUCUAAGCAGGCGAACCCCGGAAACGAAAAGGAUAUGAACUAUCUUGCCCAGGAUUUUGAGCCCUCUGGUUGAAAGUAUUUUGGUAUAUUGUCUAAAAAGAGAUGAGAAAGAAUGACAAAAGCUCAAGUACCAUCGGUGAUGUAUGUAUUGCAGACUAUUUUGUCCUGUACUACAAAUAUUAUUCUUUCUUACAGUGCAUGUUACUUGCAGUGUCAAGAUAUUUGAUGAUAAAACUUUAACUUUACUAAUGUAGACCAAUGACAUUUACAGUCAUGAAGUGUGUCUCACGGCAAGUGUGUGAGAGUUGACAGGUAUUCAUCCCAGAGUCUUUUUCGGAUACCUCAUCAUAAUGUAGGUAUUCCAGCUAUCACAAUGAUAUAAUAUGUCAAAUACUAACAACUGGUCCAGCAGGUUAACUGUUUUAAACAACCCCAUAUUGACUUAAACCACCACCUGUAGUUAUAUAAGAGGUGUCGCCGGUGGCCUAGUGGGCUAAGUGCUCCAGUUUGUUACAUUCCUCACUUGCCGGGGUGUGCCGUUCUGGGUUUGUAGCCCAGUUUCACCUGUUUACAAUCCUUGGUUUGUCCACGCCAUGCCCAUUUUUGUGCAUUUCAGCCAAAUCUAAGUUUCCAAGACCUGGUCCACUUUUGUUUACUUCACAUUCCCAAGAAGCCGAUAAAAUUGAAAUAAUGUUAAUAGCAGUGAAUCCAUUCAUCCAGACUACAGAUAUAGAGAAUCUCUCCGGGUGUCUGUUGAUAUCAAAUAGAUCAACAGGUGUCAAAAAAAGUUAAAACUGCACGGCUUGCUGACGACUUUAUAAACUUUUCCGACAAGUGUUGAUAUAUUUGAUGUCAAAAGACACUCUGUGAGAUUUUAUCUGAGCCCUGCUAUUUAUUGUCCAACAUCAUACUGUCAGCUUCAAUUGACAGGUAUUGUUGUUGCUUUUCAAUGCUUUAUUAAUUGACCAUUCAGAUUUGACGUAAGUGACCAAUCAGAUUUGACCUAGGUGACCAAUUAGAUUAAUUUGGUUCAUAACACGUAAUGCUUUUAACCUACAGGUGGAGGAGUGGUACAAAGUAGAACAGAUCAAACUAUAUUUCAGUCACGACAACAUGUCCAUGUUUACGAAAGUAAAUAAAAUGGCAACAUUUUGAAAGAUUGCUUUGGAUGAUAAAGAGCAUAACAAGUAGCUCUGCUGAUGUUAGUUUUGCUGAGGGCAAUUUUACAUCACAAACAAAGUUUGUGUAGUUCUCUAUAUAGUUUUAUACCAAAGACAAAUGAGUGGCAUAUAUAUAUUGUCAUCCAAUUGCAGCCUAUGAGAAAUCGGACACCCCGUCUACUUGUUUUGGUGGACAGGACCCCGGUCAGCAAUCCUAUUUUACCAACUGGUCCCACAUUUUGGAAAUGCAGUCAAAACAGUUUCUGCUCAGACAAUGAAUGUUGGAUAAUUUGGUGCUUGGUAUCAGUGUGUUUAUUUCAGUCUUUUGUAUGUUGCAAAUUUCAUUGUGUUCUAAAGGCCAAAUUUAGUCUCUCAUCUUGAUAUUUCUGGCUAAAAAUGAAUCCUAUAACCAUAAGAGUAGUUUUGUAACCAACUAAUUGUUGUUGUUUUUUAAAGAUAUUAAGUUUGACAAUUAAUAGUUGUUAGUCAAAGAGUUUGAAGCAGGUAUAUCGAGUUUUCUCCUUUUUUUUAGAUGAUAUAAUUUUCUUGCAGUUGUCUUGACAAUACUUCUCUGCUUGUCCCUAUUCAUUCAUUUCCCAUCAUUGUUUACCCAGGAAUGAAUAAUUGAGGUUUUCAGCAUGACGUGCUUUUCAUAAUAAUCUCUAGUGGCGUACACCAUGUCGUCAUAUUUCCCAAAGUAUAAAUCCCAGUUUGGCAAUUUAGAAAAAGGAAAUGAUUUGAUUACAUCAUGCGUAGUUGUACCUGCUGUAGGUUAUGUACUGCUGCCAACUAUAUGAAAGUGCUGUAUUUAUCAAAAAUAAACUUAAAAUACUGGACAUUUGAAGAAAGAUGUCUUAUGUCAAUGGCAAGCUGUGUAUAUUUCCAGCAGACGUCAACUUGAUCAGGUACUUGGAUGAGGAGUACGGUAGGUUCCUUUCCUCAAGCUUGCUGUGCACCAUCUUCCCGAGGCAAUUUAAUCAUGUAUGCUCUUAUUGUUGCUCUUAAUCCUCUACUGUUAAUCCUCCACCUACUAUAUAUAUUCUGUACAAUGUCCCUCAUUCAGUCUUGCUUGACAACGGUAUGAGGAUCUAUACCAAAACGUCGCUUUUUACAAUAUUUAAGAAGUUAUUAUCCCUAAAUUAUGUGUACUUUGGCAAGAGUGUCCACAAGCCUACUUAUCAAAGUCUAGUUUCCACCCUUGCCACACCAAGCCAACUUUCCUGUGCUAAGUAUGAUUGCACUAUCCCACAUAUUGAUAGUCCAAUCAGAGGACAUUUCAUAAAUUCAACAUCCGGGUUCCGAAAACAUGGCUGCUGACAUAUAGCUUGUUGAAUUUGCCUUGAAGCUCUUUCAACGAUUAAGCAAAGACAAGUGUUUCCAAGUUUUAAAUCAGUUCACCCAUGUACUGUGCUUGUAAGUGCUGCGAUGAUGAGAACAGUCAUUAAACACAACUGGUAUAGAUUCGUUUGAAAGUGAUUUAUUGCUGCCUGUCUUUGUUGACACUAAUAUUUUUUUUCCAUCUGUUUGUCUCUCGGGGGCACGGGUGGCCCAGUUGUCUAAGGCGCUGCGAUUCGCUGUGCAGAGUUGCGUCCCUUGGCACGCCAGAAACCUAUGAUUGUGGGUUCGGAUCCCGGUUCUCCCCGAUUAUGUUUCUAGGUUUGUCACCACCAUACCCGUGCUCGUGGGUUUCACCGAAGUGUCAAACGUCUGAGACCUGCAUCACUUCGGGCUUUCCUCCAACAUUAAGCUGACACGCCGUGAUAUAACUGGAAUACUGUUAAAAGCGGCGUUAAACCCAAUGCUUGUUAUCAAAGCGACCUGGUCAUUGUCUGUUGUAGUCGCGAUCAUUGUGAAGCCACACGAGUUAAGAAUAGCGAUCUGAUUGGAAGUCUCACAUUCAUUCGAGAUCUUCGUGAGGUAAUGCCAUGAUUGAGCCAAGAAAGUAAGGCAAGGGUAGAAACUAAGCUUUGAUAUAGGAUACUGGACAUGCUUUCCUCUAGUCACGACACAGGUUGGUCACAACACAUGUUGGUCACGACACAGGUUGGUCACGACACAGGUUGACAAAGGUUGGUCACGACACAGGUUGGUCACGACACAGGUUGGUCACGACACAGGUUGACAAAAGUUGGUCACGACACAGGUUGAAAAUUAUAUUCUUGUCACAGAACUGCCGUUUUAUUUUUUUUCGCACAAGUGAUCAAAUUUUGUUCAAACAUUGAUGAAACUAAAACAUUUUGGAUAAUAGUUACAAGGCAGUCAAGUCUCCUUUGGUAUGAACUGUCAUGUUAAAGUUGGUCAGAGGCUGCUUAUGAAGAUUACCUACUGAUUUGGUGGAGAAUUUGGUCAGCGGUCUUAUUGGAAUAGUAUACUUUAUAUAGCAAAUAUAGUAGAGGAUUCAUUCAACAAACAAAUUAUUAGAAUAUCUAGACAUAGAUAGCAACUGGUGAAGUAUUGAACAUUACCCGUUUGGGUUAAAAGAUCAACUGAAAAACUUUCCAAUAAAAUAUUCACUUUAGUUGAUCUAAAAAAUACUGCAUGGGCACGCCGAAAACCUGGAUUUGAUUCCCUACAUGGGUACAGUGUGUACAGCCCAUUUGUGGUGUCCUUGACAUGAUAUUACUGGAAUAGUGGCUUUGUUCAAAGUAUGCCUCUGUUCACCAGCAGUGAAUGGGUACCCGGUAGGAUGAGAUGGUAAUGUGACUGUAAACCUUCUCGCGCCUCACCGACUGCUUGGAUCGAAUACUCCCCAGAUGUUGAGUUCACACUGAUCCCAUGACUCGGGUAAUAAUGGUCAUUCCUAUUAUGUUGGUUACGAAAACUAAGAGACUCAAUUCAGCCGUUCCUUUACUUUUGUAAGAACUGUGAACCUUGGUUCACAAAUUGUACAAGAUCCUGGGUAUUCAAUGUCAUGAUGGUGAAAUAUGGCAAAUCCAAGUAGGAACAUUUCCAGCUAGUCCGGCAGAUGACAACUAUGUUUGCCUUGACCAACAGUGACAUAACUAGCAUUAGGUUAGCAGGCCAGCAGAUUAUUUCAUAAACUGCAUGGAAGAUAUAUGAACAUAAAAAACUUGGGCCAGUUUGCAAUAUUACUGUAACCUGUAGAUGGUGUUUUUGUAUUAUGGCUUAUACCAUGUACUAGUAUCCUAAUUGAAUGUGUUGUAAUACCAUAUAUAUAUGUAUAAUUAAUAUCAUGUAACCCAUUGAUGAUACUGGCCUUAUGUUUUAAUAUGUAUUGUGCUUUCUUUGGACCUGCUGUUUGUACAAGCUUUUUAAUGCUCUGCUUCUAAUAAAAAAGAAAAACCAUCA